GCUAGUUUCAUUCUGUCUCUCUCGAUCAUCUUCCGUUUUCUCCCUAAAGCUACUGCGCGAACCUGGAUGCGCAGUAAAAUGGUGGGGAUAAAAAUGCUUUCAUAUUAUAGUGAAGCAGAAUUGCUCAGUAAGGUGAGGUAUGACCGUAGGUGUAGUGUAACAGUGUUGUUGCGUGUGUUCUUUGAUUUAUAAAGUGUUGAAUGUACUGCAUUAAAAAAACAACGUUUAUUUUCAAUGAUUUGAUUUAAAAAGAAGAUUCCCUUAACUUCAGGACAAUGGCUUCAAAUGAUGGUAUACCACCACCUGCUGCGGUACCUGGAUUUCCACCAGCAACUCCAAAUAUUGCUUCUAGUUUUGUACCACCCAUUAUGCCCACUGCACCCUUUAUACCACCUCCUAGCCUGCCGCCCGGUCCGCCUGGCAUAAUGCCACCACAAUUUUCCAUACCUCCUCCUGGUUUUAGUUUUCCAAUAACUGCUGCUCCUCCACCCGAUGCUGGAGUUAUAGCUGCACCUCCUCAAAUAACAGCUCCGGGUAUUCCUCCUCCAGCACCUAUAGCAAGUGAAGCUGGAACUGCUGUCCAGCCUAUUACAGCAACAGCUGAGAAGAAGACUGAUUGGACUGAGCACAAAGCCCCAGACGGCAGAACGUAUUAUUAUAAUAGUGUUACAAAGCAAUCAUUAUGGGAGAAACCGGAUGAAUUAAAAACACCUAGUGAAUUGCUUUUAUCGCAGUGCCCUUGGAAGGAAUAUAAGUCAGAAAAUGGGAAAGUAUAUUAUCAUAAUGUAACUACUAAGGAAUCAAGGUGGACCAUUCCAACAGAAUUGGAAGAACUGAAAACAAGAAUUGCAGCUGAAGAAGCUGCAGCUGCUGCAGCAGCAGUCGUUGCAAGUGCUACAAACAGUAUAGUUCCUGUAGCCAUGCAGCACCUGUCUCCAAAUAUUGCAAUUACUAAUGCAUCACAAACCAGUACACCAGAACCAGGUGGGAAAUCUGCAAUUGAGCAGGCAAUGGCUGCAACACUCGCAGCAAUAAACAUUCCUACUCCACCUGCAAAACCAGAUGAGGAUAGUAAUUCUGCUAAAGGCUCUGCGAACGAUAGUCGCACCAGUACUCCUGAACCGAAAAUGCAAUUUAAGGAUAAAAAGGAGGCGAUUGAAGCAUUUAAAGAAUUAUUAAGAGAAAGAGAUGUACCAUCAAAUGCUACAUGGGAACAGGCAGUAAAAUUAAUUCAAAGCGAUUCGAGAUAUCCACAAAUGAAAAAGUUGAAUGAACGUAAACAAGCAUUUAAUGCAUACAAAACACAAAAACUGAAAGAGGAACGUGAACAAGAAAGAUUGAGGUUGAAAAAAGCUAAGGAAGACUUGGAACAGUUUCUAUUAGAAAAUGAUAGAAUGACGAGUACAACAAAAUAUUAUAAGUGUGAAGAAAUAUAUGGUAAUUUAGAAGUUUGGAGAGCCGUAGGUGACUCGGAUCGUCGAGACAUAUAUGAAGAUGUUAUUUUUAAUUUGUCUAAACGAGAAAAAGAAGAAGCAAAGCAAUUGAAAAAAAGAAAUACCAAGAGACUAGCACAAGUUUUAGACACUAUGACAGAUGUUACAUAUAGGACAACUUGGCAAGAAGCACAGGCACUACUUUUACAACAUGCUGCUUUUGCGGAGAAUGCAGAUUUAUUGGAAAUGGACAAAGAAGAUGCCUUACUUGUGUUUGAAAAUCAUAUACGUCAGCUAGAGAAGGAUGAGGAAGAAGAGAAGGAACACGAAAAGAAACGUAGAAAACGACAAGAAAGGAAAAAUAGAGAUGCUUUUAUAAGUUUACUCGAUGAAUUACACGAGCAAGGGAAAUUAACGUCAAUGUCACUUUGGGUAGAGCUUUACCCAAUGCUCUCUGCUGAUUUGAGAUUUUCUGCUAUGCUUGGCCAAUCUGGAUCAACGCCGUUAGAUCUUUUCAAAUUUUACGUGGAGGAUCUAAAAUCUAGAUUUCAUUCUGAGAAAAAAAUUAUAAGGGAAAUUUUAAAAGAUAAGAAUUUCGAAGUACAAGUUAACACUACCUUUGAAGAGUUCGCUACCGUCGUAUGUGAAGACAGAAAAUCUGCAACAUUGGAUGCUGGAAAUGUGAAACUGACGUACAAUUUAUUACUUGAGAAAGCUGAAGCUAGGGAAAAGGAACGUGUAAAGGAAGAAACUAGGAAAUUCAAGAAAUUGGAAACAGGUUUUAAAAAUCUAUUGAAGACACUUAAUGUUGAUUAUCAGAUGACGUGGGAGGAUCUGCGAUCUAAAAUCGAAGAGGAACCAGACUUUAAAGCGAUUACUUUGGAAAGCGAAAGAGUUCGAAUCUUUAAAGAAUAUCAACACGAAUUGGAGGAAAGUUGUAGUCAUCAUCAUAUCAGAAGUAAAAAGAAAAAAACAAAGAAAGUAAAACGGAAAUCACGAUCUAGAUCUCACAGUGAAUCUGAAGGAAGCGAGAAAGGCGUAAAGAAAAAAAGGCAUAAGUCACGUUCACCAAGCGUUCCUAGUAAGUCUGAUAGUUCUGAGUCAGAUACUAGAAAAUCCAAAAGGAAAAAGAAUAAAAAGAAAAGAGGCCGCAGUCAUUCUCGUUCACAUUCGAGGCUUCCAUCGUCAGAAGAAUCACCAGAAAGAAAACGAAAAGAGGAAAAACACAGAAGAGCUUCUGCUCACAGUGAAGGGUCUGUUACGGAGAAUGCAGAGCACCAUGAACUAUCAGAGGACGAGUUGGAAAAACAAAGAGCGCAAUUACUCCGAGAGUUACAAAUGCAACAAGAAGAUAAUUAAGAAUAACUCAUUUCUUAAUAAUACCUUAUGUAACUUUAGGAUACUGCAUUAUUAAAUUAAACUUUGUACAAACUAAA